AAAAAAUACAAACAAACCACCUAAAAAAAAUCAAAUACCUUAAAGCUGUUAAAAAUGCAAAAAUUUCUCGUUGCCCUUUUCUUCGCCAUCUUGGCUGCUCUUAUGAUAAAUGCCUCCCCUCUUCCUGAUGCCGAACCGGAAGCACACGAUAAUCCUUAUGGAUCAUCCUAUUCGCCUCCAUCUUAUGAUCCAUAUGAAAAACCAAAACCCAAACACAAGCACAGUAGUUAUAACACUGGCUAUGAAAAACCAACUUCCGGUUAUGAGAAACCAACUUCCGAUUAUGAGAAACCAACUUCCGAUUAUGAGAAACCAAGUUCCGGUUAUGAGAAACCAAGUUCCGGUUAUGAGAAACCAAGUUCCGGUUAUGAGAAACCAAGUUCCGGUUAUGAAAAACCAAGUUCCGGUUAUGAAAAACCAACUUCCGAUUAUGAAAAACCAAGUCCUUAUUCUUAAUCUAUUCAUCCCAGUCAGUUAAAAUAUUGACGCGAUUACAAAUUUUUUUAAAUUAUUGCAAAUGUUCUAAUAGAUUACGUUGUAUAUAGAGAGAACCUUAUUUAUGUUUAUUUAAAUAAUUAGCGUCUAUAAUAGAAAGUAGCUUUCAAUAAAAUUUAAAUUAUUUAUAAUUUUUUUUAUUUCUUUUAGUAAAUAAAGUAUAUUUAAAU